ACAUCAUCUGACCAACGUGUUCCGUAUUUCUAGAAACCAUAACGGUUUAGUUUUGGCGGUAUUUUGAGCUGGGAGUGUUGUGUCGUUCAAGUGUGAUUGGUGCUUUCCUGCUUUCGAAGUAUUCGUAAACUUACGUAAAUAUAAUUUAAUUUUUGAAAUGUCGAAAAACAUUAUUUUUUCGUCGAUGCAUCGCGUUACUCGAUUUUAAAGUUUUCAUUUUUAUUUUUCGAGUAUAUUUUUCGUGAAUUUAUUUCAAUUUUAUAGUGAAUGUGAUCUUGUGACUUUUGCGGUGAUUGAUGAGUUUGGCAUUUGGAAAAAUAAACUGAACAGGAAUUGCAUCCGAAGUCGACAUGUUGGUUGUUAAUGGAGUAAACGAAUGUUUAGAUAUGUAGUUUUUCCGAUGCUUUUCUUGAGCGCAGAAAUCCUCGAAACAGACUGAACUGCAUAGCACCUAAGUAGGUUCGGGCAAGACCAGUAUAUCCUAAUUUCGGCACCACCGUGUUCAUAAAAACAGGAUUCAGAGUGUAGGUUAGGUCAACGUUGAAUUCAAUAAUAUCGAAGAUCCACCACCUGUAUUCACGUUAUCACACCGAUCAAAACAGCAUCGCUGGUUCAGUUUUAUUAGCCUUAUUGCUAUCAAUGACUACUACAUAAAUUUAUUCGAUACCGGGUGAUGAAUUGUGCGGAUAUACAAGAAAAACACACAUUAAUGCGAAUUCAAUUGUAAUUCGUAGUCAUUUUUUUCCUCUUACGUAAAUUAAUUGAUAGAAAUUUUUUACGCAGUCAUUAGUCAACAUGUCUACAAUGCAAGUAGCUAAAAGACAACAUUGUUAUUUGUGCGAUUUGCCGCGUAUGCCUUGGGCAAUGAUACACGAUUUUUCGGAACCCGUGUGCCGCGGAUGCGUUAAUUACGAAGGAGCCGAUCGCAUAGAAAUUGUAUUAGAUACGGCCAGACAGAUGAAACGGGCUCACGGAUUCCAAGAGAGUCGUAGCGCCUCGGUGAAUUCGGCGAAUAACGGUACGCUGGCUGCGACGCAUCAUCACGCUUCUGUCUCAAAAUCAUCGGCGAUGCAUCGGUCGUCCGUUGCUCACGAUACUUCGCAUCAAAACGGCGUAACUUUCAUAAAAAACGAAAGCUUGGAAGUCGUAGGACUUCCGCCGACUGCCCACGUGUCCAACAGGCAAAGCCAGCAACCAGGACCACCGCCGCCGGGCUCCGCCAUGCACGCUAGCUACGCUACUUUGCAUCAUUCCCGUACUAAUUUAUUGAGCGAUUACUCCGCAGCAACCCAACAGCCUCAAACUAGAACAUCUCAGAAUCAAUUAUCGCGUAAUUUACAAGCGUCUUCGGAAUCCGAACACGAGAUGAUUUCCGGUAUACAAAGAGCAUCGGUAAGAUUGCCGAGUAAUGCGCAUUUAACAGCUGCCUCCGUAGUUCCUCAUCAUGUACCUCAGAAUCAUAAUGUUCGCACGACGCCGAUGGCUCAGCAAUCACUCGGCCUCAAACGUGGCUUAGCAGCUCCUAUCGAAGAAGAAGAUAACCAUCAUCCUCAACACCAUUCGCACAAUAACGGAGACGCACCGGCUACCAAGAGAAUGUUAGCUGUUGAAGAAUCGCAAAAUCAGGCUCAACAUUCCAAUACCAAUAAUACCUCUAGACCUCCUUUGAAUCGCGGAGAUUCGUUGCCCGCCGUCAGCAUUGCUGUACCGUUUACGCCUGAAAGGCCACCUUUCAAAACAGAAGCUAAACAUCCUCUACGUACAUCGUCGUUUGAUACUGCGGCUACGUUUAAAAAUAAUGGUUAUCCCGGUCAACCACUCUCGAAUGGUACGGGUUCAAGCUCUCCUCUCGGCGGCGCAAGAACCAAUUCGCCCCAAGAAACUACGCAGCAAAUUCCUCAAGGAGGCAGUAGUCAGAGUCCAAUGGCUGCUUUGAUAUCUGUCGCCGAUAAUAUACCGCCCGGCUCGCCCAGAAGUGCUGGUGGAAGCCCUCCCAGCUCUGCAAUACCUCGUUCAGCAUCUCGAGGCUCUCUGCACUCUCCUAAUUCUUCAGGUUCUUCCAGUGGCCGAAGGUCAUCCGGAAGCAGACACGUUAGUUCAACGACAGUCAGCUCCAGCGAAGCUGUAGCAAACGGUGUUCCAGAACCUGGUGUGGGCAACGGUUCUGGUCAGGAGUCAAAUAGUAAUCAAACGCCGCCCGCCGCCGCCACUGCUCCGGCUGCCGCUACAACUCUCAAAUGUACCCUUUGCCAAGAACGACUCGAAGACACACAUUUCGUUCAGUGUCCUUCUGUACCUCUUCAUAAGUUCUGUUUCCCAUGCUCGAGAGAAAGUAUCAAACGUCAAGGAGCGGGUUCGGAGGUUUAUUGUCCGAGUGGCGAAAAAUGUCCUCUGGCUAAUAGCAACGUGCCGUGGGCGUUCAUGCAAGGAGAAAUCGCAACUAUUCUAGGAGAAGAUUUCAAUAAAGUUAAAAAGGAACGAGAUACAUAAUGGAUGCCGAACCUUAACCAAUGAGACACGUCUUCCUGUCGUCAAGGUUUUUUCAACGUGGUGCAGACGUGAUAUUCUGCACUCAUAUUUGCAUCAGACAGGUGGUCCGAGGCGUAUUCGGUAUUUGCGAUAUUCGAUAUAUCGUUGCGAGAUAAUAUAAUUUUUUCCAACUUUAUACAUACCUCCAGAGAAUCGUCGCGUCGCGUCGUCGCACGGAUCGCAGUCGCAGACCGCAGAGCAAUUUGUCUCCAAUGUUACUUGUAUGUAGAAUGAUGGCCUUACUGGCGCUGGAAUAGCGCUAAUCUAAGUACGGAGGCGAACAGAUCGAAGUCUUUAGCCAACGUAAGAGGAUCUUUAUAUGCGUUGCAUUUAUGUAAAUACCUGUAAAUUUUUACCUGCUUUUGCCCGCCUUCUCUCCUCUCCUCCUCUCUUUGUCAGUUGUUGAAAAGUAGUGUGUAAAUUCGAUUUGAUAUUCAUUUUUUCCUUAUUUAUGUACUUUUUGUUACAAAUUGGCGUUUUAAAAUCAAAAAUGUAUUUUUAAUUUACAUACUCUCGAUCAUGGUAUUUUUACGAUAAUCGACGCUUGAUAUUUUUAAUUCUAUUCUUCCUUCCUCUCUUCUCUCGCUCUUUCUCUGUCUUUGUAUAGUGUGUAUUUAUUUAAUACGCGUAUUUAUUCGAUUAUUAUGUUGUUACCAAAUAUGAUAUCAAAAAAUGAUCAGUAUUGGUAUAACAUAAAACGGUUCCAUGUUUUAUUACUAUUUUUCUUUGUUGAACAAAUUCGAAUAUUUUGUUUUAUUCAACGGAAGUUGAAAGAUUUAAUUUAUUUUAUUUUUUACCCAUUAACAAUAAUUUGGCAACGUUGUUUGCAAUAUUUGAAAAAAUUCUAUCUUCUCAUUCUUUUUCGUUGUCACUAAAAUGCUGCUAAAAUUAAUCUGCGAUUCUCCGAAAUUGUUCCUGAUGAUUCGUCUAGCAUUUAGAUCGAAUGCAAAUGAAUUGAUUCGUAAAAAAAAUUCUGAGUUUGAGGCGCUUUUCAUCUGCAGUAUUGCUAAUCAAAAUUCAAUAGAAAUGUGAGCUUUUUGUUGAGAACGAUUUUAAGAUGAUUCAGACUUUUUUUUAGGAUGAAGAUUUUAAUAAUGGGCUAGUUUUAACCUAAGAUUUUGAAUUCGUGCUUGAUAAAUUUUGACCAAAUUAAUUUCUGAAAAAUGCUUAGAAUUUGUAUGUUUUUGAAAUCUAGUGAAAAAAACACAAUAGGUAUUUGGAAUUACUGGAUUACCUAUAAUCCAUUCAUGUAGAAAAAAUUCUGAAAAAUCGAAGAAGAUCUGAAAUACAAUGUUGCCGAAUGAUGAAAUGAAUAAAGUUGGAAAAAUUUUUACGGGUGUAUUUCUAUAAAUCGAAACAAUCACAUAAUUACGCGAAACGAAGCAAUCAUACGCGAGUAAUGAUCGUAUAUAACGCGAACUUCGAAAUUCAGCGAGUAUCCGAUUGAAGAAUGUAAUUUUAAUUUUAUACUUUAUUCUGGGCAUUGUUACCAUAUUUUUUAAUAAUUCCUCCCGUUGAUAGAGACGACGGAGCGGCGAUGGUAUCUCAACAUUAUAUCACUGCGUUCAUAGCUCGUUAAUGAACUUUUUUUAAAAAUUUUUUUCUCGAGUAAAAGGUUGAUAGUUCGAAAAUCAUCCACUCGAAAGAAUUUUACAUUUUUAUUGUGUAUUGGUAACUCUGCCCUGGCGGAUAUAUAUUAAUAUAGGUACUCGAUGAUGAUAUUUUUCUUGUACUUAAUUAUUACAAUUGAGAAUUGCGAACCUCGAUAUUAUUAUUUUUAUUGUACGAAGAUCGUCGACAAUAUUUUACGCUCUAGUCGAAAAAGACGACCGAGAAUUGGUGAAAUGUUUCACCUAAAUCGCCGCAAUGGCGUUUUUUGAUCGGUCAUCAUAAUAUAAUACCUAUGUAUAAUGUGUAGUAUCGAAAUAAUAAACUUUGUACCUAUAGGACCAAAUUACCAUACAAGCCUUUUACAAGUAUUUUUUACGAGGUAAUUUUUAAAAGGGCGGAAUUUUUACCUUUUUACAUUGCGCUAAGUAAUUUUUUUUUGUUGUUUUUGGAAGAAGAAAGUGCGCACGUAACUGCGUACCUAUAUAUAAUACAUAAUUUAGAUCGCGGCGCAUAUUCGCUAAAUGGGCUGUACUAGUUAGUAUAAACAUAACGGUAUUUUCGAAGUACAAAAAUUAUUACACUAUAUUUGCAUUUAUCAUUUUAUUAAUGUACUGUGAUAAUGUUGAUACAAAUGCCAUACGCGAUGUAGUUUCUGGAUACUGAUAUUAUUAUCUAUUUUGGCCUUUUUUCCUAUUAUUAUUGUAAGCCAACUUGUAGAAUUUUUUCGUUUUCAAAUUGUAGAACGCGAGUGUAAAUUAGGAAUUUUUAAAUAUUACUUUUUUUUACUAUGCGCAUUAUUUUAAACUAAUGUUUUCAUGCUUUUAAGUAAUUGUUUUUUCCUCCUUCUUGAUUAUAAAAAUAAUGAAAAAUUAAAAUAACAAGAUCUCCUUUUUAUUUUUAUUUAUUGUUUUUACGGUAAAUUAAAAACAAUAAAGGUUCAUAUCUA